CUCUUGUAAUUGUAAUGGCUCUGCAGAACAUUUUCAAGGAGAAGUUGGAAGAAAAGAAAGAGCUUUUCAAGGCAAUUACACUGGGAAACAAAGAUCUGUUCCAGCUUACUGCUCUUCCUCAGGAUGUAUUGAUUAUUUGGGGCGAACAGGAAAGAUUAUUUCCAUUGAAAAAGGCAUAUGAGCUUAAGAAGAAACUGGGAGAGAAUGCAAAAUUGGAAGUCCUGAAGAAUACAGGCCAUGUGCCUCAGCUGGAAGAUCCAAAUCAGUUCAAUAAAGUCCUUCUUAGCUUCUUGUUAGGCAACACUGAAUGAUAAUAUAUGUUGAUCUUUGCCUCUUUGGAGAUUGGGCGAUAUAUAAAGAGUGCACUACUCAAUAGUUUGCACUAUCAGCCAUUUCUAUAUAUAUAUAUUCAAUUGUAAUAAGGCAUAUAACAAGGCUUUUCAUUUGGAUUUAUUAUUUUAUUUUGCAUUUUUAAUACUUUUGUCCUAUACUGAAGACCUAAGACAGUAGAGUAGUAUCAUGUGUGAAAGAAAGUCAAAUCCCUAAGGUUUCGUGGAUGGUUCUUUUA